AUGGCCGACUUCGUGCAGAAUCUCGACCCCUCCAAACUAGUUCUCGGCGGGACGGCACUCUCGUUCCUUCUCAGCCCUUUCGCGGCGCCCCCAUACAACCUCCCAAUAUUUCUGUUUGGUAUCUAUGCACAAGAGAAUACCGAAGGCGUCCAAUCAUUGCAAACUUUCACCGCGUUGCUAGGAAUAUCUCAUUUCUUUGAUGUCCUGUGGAUGAUGAACAACGAGCAGCAAGGGUUCGUAAAGUUCAUGACCGUUGUCCUUCUCCUUCUCAAGAUCCCGGUAUUCUUCGCCUUUGGUCUAACCCUCCGGCAAAGAGGCGCGCAAUUCAGUGGUUUAGGGAUAAGAGGCGGCGACUUGAGUGGUGCUACUGUUUGGUCAGGCGCCAUGCCCGGCGGCCUGGGUAACGGUUAUCAAAGUCUUGACGAAGAGUCUGUAGAUGCCCGACCAGCGCCCAAAGUGGGAGCCAACCCUCCCCCCGGACCCCCUCCUACUGGUCCAUUCCAGGUUUAG